GAGUCAUGUCAUCAUCAUCAUUAUCUGUUUCAACUUUUCGGCUUCCAAACGUGAUUUUUUGUCCGCAGUUGUUCUAGCUGGAAAUGGAAAAAACUUUCAUUUCUUGAUAUCUAGCGAAAAAGUUGUUUAUGAGAUAGAGCGAGAUCUAUAAUUUACCGUUGGCAACAAAGUACCUAUAUUGUGGCAUUUUUGCGAAUAAUUUGGUGUGCACAACUGAAGCUGUCGGAAGUGUUGGUUUCUUUUCUAAAGAAAACAAAAAUUUACUUGUUUGGAUGAACCAAAAAAUUUAAAGUACUCCACAGCAACAAAUUCGAAAUGAGUGCAUUUUUUAGAGUUCCGAAACAGGUGCUUGGACUGAGCCGGCAUCACCGUUACUUGGAUUCCGGUGUGCGAAACCGAUUCGUAAACUAUCGAACGAAACGAUCAGGCCUGUAUCAGCAAUGUUACAGUACUUUUCCCAUUAGCAGCAGAAACGUGGCUGUGUUGGCAGUUUCCCCCUCCAACGCUACGCUAAUAGAUGCACUAGGGUAUAGCUUUAGUAAUAAUGGUGCUAUUAGAUGUAUUUCGACGAGUGUGGUGCACUUUGAUCAACCGUCAUCCAAGGUGGAGGUAACAGUUCAAACGAUCAAAAAGUCUAAAAAAGAGCAAGAGCAACAACAAACCGUUGAAGCUGUUGCCACGACGUCUACUACAACCGAUACCACUACAACCAGUGCCACUAAAGCUGCUACAGCUGCUCCUCCGACGCAAGUAGUUGCAACAGCACCGGUAAAGAAAACACUUCAGCAACGGAUAUGGGCCGAAGUGUUGCACUACUACCACGGGUUUCGGUUACUAUUUAUUGACAUCAACGUCAGUCGGAAGCUUAUUUGGCGGGUACUUAAUGGAAAAACAUUAACGCGACGUGAACACCGGCUGCUCGUACGAACAACUUCGGAUAUGUUCCGGUUGCUGCCAUUUUCGGUGUUCAUCAUAGUGCCCUUUAUGGAACUGCUGCUCCCGCUGGCGAUUAAACUGUUCCCAGGAAUGUUACCGUCAACGUUCCAGACUGCAACCGAGCAGGAGGACAAAAUCAAGCAAAACCUUAAGGUGAAGCUAGAAAUGGCAAAAUUUUUGCAGAAGACUUUAGAUGACAUGACUGUUCAAAACAAAGAACAUCGUUCGCAAGCAGCGAAAGACUUUAGCGAGUUUUUCGCUAAGUCACGUACCUCAGACGAAUUUACUGUAACUAAUGAGGACAUCAUCAAGUACUCGAAGUUGUUCGAAGAUGAGAUAACUCUAGACUCCUUAUCCAGGCCACAACUGCAAGCGCUCUGUCGGGUACUGGAGAUGUCUCCGAUUGGUACAUCUAACUUGCUGCGUUUUCAGCUACGACUGAAGCUGCGUAGUUUAGCUGCCGACGAUCGCACUAUUCAGAAAGAAGGUAUUGAAUCGUUAAAUCUAUCCGAGCUGCAGGCAGCUUGUCGUGCACGUGGAAUGCGUGCUUAUGGUGCGACCGAGGAACGUUUACAAUCGCAACUUCGAGAGUGGAUUAAUCUUAGUUUAAAUGAAAAAGUACCUCCUUCGUUGUUACUGCUCUCACGAGCACUGAUGUUGCCAGAAAAUGUUACUACUAGUGAUAAACUGAAGGCUACUAUAUCUGCCCUUCCUGAUUCGGUUGCUACUGUUACAAAGGCAGCCAUUGGCGAACGGGAAGGAAAGAUUGAUAACAAAACUAAGAUCGAAGUCAUCAAAGAAGAACAACGCAGGAUCAAAGAAGAGCUGGAAGAAGAAAAGGAGAAACAGAAAGAAAUUGCAGAAACUUUGGUUGAUAAAGCGCCAAUUAUCGCAGAAGAAAAGGUUAUCCACCUAGAAGAACCUGCAGUGUUGGUUAAGCCUGUCGCGGAUAAGCCUGUGAUUUUAGCUACAGAAGAAAUUUCCAGCAAAGACUUGGAAGCCCUUGGUGAUGCUCUCGGUACUUUGAGCAAGGACAAAAAGACGUUGCUCGUAGAAAAGGAAGAAAUCAAGGACUUGAAAGAGGAGAUUGCUGACUACCAAGAGGAUGUGCAGGAACUUCAAGAGGUCAUCACUGCGGCUCCUGGAGAAGUUAAAGUGAAGGAAUCGCGAGCUGCUAAAAUGCUAUAUAAGCAUGUCAACUCAAUGAUUAGCAAAAUGGAUACGGUACUUGCUGAUCUAGAGAAAAAGGAACAGGAACUGAAAGAGCAAGUGAGUGCAGCCGAAGAAAGUGCAUCGAAAGACGAGGCGCCGGCGAGUAUAGCUAGUGAGGAACUGGUGCGCAUCGAUGAAUUGAUGUCAGCCAUAAGGAAGAUUCAGCAGAUCCCAGAUGAUUCCCGGUUAGACCAAAUUUCAAAAAUCCUUGGCAAAAUUGACGAUGAUCACGAUGGGCACAUUAAAGUGGAAGACGUUUUGAAGGUGAUCGAAACAAUCGGCAAGGAAAAUGUUAAGUUGAAUGCUAAACAGGUUGAUGAGCUGAUCGAUUUGCUUGACAAGGAAGAAGUUCUGGAAGCCGAGGAUAAAAUCGAGAAAGCACUCAGCAAGAGUCUGGAAGCCAAAGAGAAGCAAAAGGAGCAGGAAAGCAAGGAGAAGGAAAAACUGAUCGAACUGCAGGACAAAGCAAUUGAUCUGAGUCUCAAGACUACACCUGUCGAGGGUCAAGCAAGUAAAGGAAACGAAACGAAGCUCGGCGAACCAAUUCUUGAUACCUAUAUUCAACAAAAAGCUGCCGAAAGGAAAAAGGAACAAAUUAAAACCACUGCUAGCAUUUCUAGUGAUAUUGACUCUAAACCGCCAGUUUCUGGUAAUGGAACAGCAAAUAUUCCACCAACCAUUGUUCCGCCAGCAGCGUCUUCGAGUCCAACACAAGAUAAAAGAAUGUGAUGUCAUCAGAAGAGUACCAUUGCUGAUUCCAAAACACAAACUAUGAGAAAGCCUAGUACCAGGCAAACGAAGGAAUAAUCAAAUUAUUCAACUAGGAAUGAGGGAGGACUUUGAGCAACAUCUUCAAGCUGUAUUUCUACUAGAGUGGAAUUGUCAAAUUCACAGCAAUGCUGAUAGUACUUCGCCACAGAAUUCAGUGUCCAAACAAGUGAUUAUAGAGAUGUUUGUAAACAAGAAUAUAAUUAUUGUAAAUUAUGCGUUGUAAAAAAUAUUUGAAAAAAAAAACAAAUAUGCAUCCUUUUUCCCGUAACACGAUGUUCACUAUCCGUUUACUGAUGUAAAAACAAUGACAAUAC